AGGACCUGCAAAAAGCCGGUGGCCGGAAUUUCCGGCGCCGGCCCUCCGAUGCCUAAGUCAGAGGGGGCAAAUAUAUGGAGGGAGAGAAAAUAUGUCUCAGGAGUUUCAGAGUCCAACUCUCUCUAAGAUGGAGGGAUUCCCCUUUUAUAGAGGGGUACAGGAUUACCUGUGAUGUGACGGGGCGAACGAGUUACCGUCAUGUUUGAGCAUGUCGUAUGAAUUAAUGCACGAUCGUGUGAAUUAAUGCAUCGCCGUAGGAGAUUAGGCCGGAGCCAAUGAGUCGUCGUGGCUGAUCGGACAUAGCCGAGCGAGUCAGCUGUUUGUCGUGAAGGGCUUGAGAUCUGUAGAUAGCAUGCAUGCACAUUGAUUGUUGAGUGAGCCGGAGAUUAGUAGAGACCAUGCGCAUUAAUUGUUGACAGUCGCUCCGGGCAUGGUCUCUGAUAUGUCGUAGCAUGGUCGGCGGGUGGAACGUGACAUGGUGAGGUCGUCGCAGGGUGUGGCCUUAACGUGUAAACGACCAAAUCGGCCCUUAAAGGUCGGCUCGGCGUUUUAAAGUCGGGGAUACCGAGGUCGGGCACCUUCAGGUCGGGCGCUUCCAGGUCGGGCUUCUAGGUCGGGGGCUUCUAGGUCGGGCACCUUGGUCAUAUACCGGCGAUGCGUUCAUGUACUUCGGAGCAAUCCGUUUUUCCCUCAACAAUUUUAUUCCCAAAAAUAUCCUUUUCAGACAUAACGGCCGUCCUUCCCGUUAGAAAUAACGGUUUCGUGGUCGAUGCGCCGCGUUAGCAAAACCCAGAAUCUCUUCCCGCUGCAAGAUCCGAAAUACACACUUUCCCGCCAUCACAGCAAUAAUAAAACAAGCUCCACCCGCCGUUUCGUCGGCCGUCCCCAUUUCCCUCUCUCUCUCUCUCUCUCUCUCGCCCCCCCCCCCGCCACAUCCGUUGCGAUCGACGAUGCGGCGGUGGAGCCAUCCCUCAUCCUUCUUCGGCGAUCUCAGAAGCAGAGAGCUCAAUGGCUUCAAAGGUACCACCUUUCUCUCCUCUCCCCCCACCUCUCGCUGUCCCUAUCCUCGGAGCCCCAAAUUCGGGCCCGAGCUCCAUCUGGUUCCUAAUUGCGUUCUCGCCACUCCCUCUUGCCUCUCUAGUGCGGAAAAGACCUUAUCUCGGCGACCUUUCAUCGGAGCCCAGCGGUCUUGGCACCGGAGUGGUGGCGAUCGAGCACGAUGGUGUCUCCACACCUCCUCUCGCCAUCUCAUUCUGCAAGACAAGCCGGAAUUCUCAUCUUCUUGCUGUUUCCGAUGAGGAUGGUUAUCUGAGCUUCUAUAAUACUUGCCAGAGUCUCGGUUCUGUUGCUUCAUGUUGGGAGAAGGCAGUUACUUCCUCUUCUCCCCAAGCAGUGGAAGCUAGGGUCUGUGAUUGGAUUGCUCAUAACAAUGCCAUUUUUGAUGUGUGCUGGAUAAAGGAUGACAACCAUAUUCUAACAGCUUCAGGUGAUCAGACUAUCAAGAUAUGGAAUGUAGAGAAGAGAAAGUGCACUGGAAUCUUGGUUGGGCAUACUGGCAGUGUAAAAUCACUUUGUUCUCACUCAUCAAAUCCAGACCUUGUUGUGUCCGGCUCAAGAGAUGGCUCAUUUGCUCUCUGGGAUCUGAGAUGCGAAUCAAGUUACAAAAAUACCCAUGGAGAAAUAUGCUUGGGAUAUACUGCUGUUGUCAAAGAAGCCCAUACUUCUAUUCAAGGAAAGCGGGUUAGGCGAGGAAAGGCUGGUUCAAUGAGUAUUACUUCGGUUCUGUACCUCAAAGAUAAUGUCUCCCUUGCCAGUGCUGGAGCAGUGGACAGUGUUGUGAAAUUCUGGGACACUCGCAACUUGAAAUCACCAGUCACACAAGCAUGCCCUUAUGUUGAACCAUCACUGGAAAAGGAAAGAGGGUUACAUGGGAUUUCUUGCCUGUCUCAAGAUUCAAAUGGUGUGUUUGUUGCAGCUUCUUGCAUGGACAAUAGGAUUUACCUAUAUGAUGUUUUACACCUCGACAAAGGUCCUAUGAAGAUUUUUUCUGGCAGCAAAAUUGAGUCAUUCUUUGUAAAGUCUGCAAUUAGCCCUGAUGGAGCUUACAUUCUUGGUGGUUCUAGUGAUGGCAAUGCCUACAUAUGGCAGGUUAGGAAACCGGAAGGACUCCCAGUCAUGUUGAAGGGUCAUGAAGGAGAAGUUACUGCAGUAGAUUGGUGCUCAUCAGAGAUCGGGAAGAUUGCAACUACUUCAGAUGAUUUUAUGGUUCGUGUUUGGAAUUUUAAGAAAGGGGGUUGCAUAAGUUCAGGAUCUCCAAAAGCUGUUAGAAAGAGAGUAAUUGCUCCAAACACUGAGGGCAGAAAGCUGGCCAUGGAUGAACAUCUGUAUUCCACAGAGAUGGCUGACAGCCUCUGUGCUUCAAGGGAAGUAGCAACGAACCCACACUCACCUGUUCAGACUAAAAGUCUCGAGUUUAGUACACCUGAAUCUGGAAAGAAAACGCAUUUUAGAUCAUUACUAGGAGAAGAAGAAGAGAUGCAGAAGAGCCCAGAUGCUGAAUUAAGCAGCCCAUCUUCUGUUCUCAAUCCCCCUCCCUCUUUGAAAAGGAGAACCAUUCGUGAUUACUUUAUUGUUGCCCCAUGAGAUCUGCAAGCAUUUUUUCUCAUCUCAUAUUCUUUGAUGCAUCAACAACAACAUUUUUCUUCGAGUGAAAAAAGGAACAGUGGUAUUGCACUCAUUAUCACAUCAAGUUGCCAUGCACCACCUGAAGGUCUAUGACUGGAAACAUAUGCAUAGAUUUUUCUCUUUUCGGUCUUGAACUCUGGAGUGUGGAGCUUGAAUUUUGUGGGAGGAUAUACUCAAACUUAGACCCUUUCCUCACUCCAACAGCUUCUUUCAUAUACUGUCCUGUAGUCUGGUUUCUUCAUAUCAGAUGUAUCUAAACCAAUCUUUGAAAUAUUAAAGUAACAUCUAAAUUUUUUA